CUUUAAUAAGCGCAUGCGCGAUUCCUGCGGUUUCUCUAUUCCGCAGUCUGACACAGUUACUGUCUGAGAAGUCAUGGCAGCCUACAAGAUCGUACUUAUUCGCCAUGGGGAGAGCACCUGGAACCAGGAAAACAGAUUCUGUGGCUGGUUUGACGCGGACCUCAGCGCUACCGGGCAGCAUGAGGCUGAACGGGGAGCACAGGCACUGAAAGAGGCGGGAUACGAGUUUGACAUUUGCUAUACAUCUGUGCUUAAGCGGGCAAUUCGUACCUUAUGGAUCGCACUGCAAGGUAUUGACCAGAUGUGGCUUCCAGUUGUAAGAACAUGGCGUCUAAAUGAACGUCACUAUGGUGGACUAACUGGUCUCAACAAAGCAGAGACUGCUGCUAAACAUGGAGAAGAGCAGGUGAAGAUUUGGAGGCGGUCAUUUGAUAUUCCUCCACCAACCAUGGAUCAAGAUCACUCAUAUUAUACCAUUAUUAGUAAGGACCGUCGAUAUGCAGACUUGACAGAGGACCAACUUCCAAGCUGUGAAAGUCUGAAGGAUACCAUUGCUAGAGCUUUGCCAUUCUGGAAUGAAGAGAUUGUCCCACAGAUCAAGGAGGGGAAAAGAGUGUUGAUUGCUGCUCACGGCAAUAGCCUUAGAGGGAUUGUCAAGCACCUUGAAGGCAUGUCAGAGGAAGCCAUCAUGGAGCUAAACUUACCAACUGGCAUCCCUAUUGUUUAUGAGCUGGACAAGAAUCUUAAACCAAUUAAGCCUAUGCAGUUCUUGGGCGAUGAAGAGACUGUACGGAAAGCAAUGGAAGCUGUAGCGGCUCAAGGCAAAGCCAAGAAAUAGGUCAUUUCUCAUGACGCUGAAGCCGCCAUCCUUUAGUUUUCUUUCCCCAAACACUUCACAGCUAGGGAUUCUGACACCGCUGCAUGUGAGGGCAGCUUGUAAAGUGUUUGCUAGGUUAACACCUUCUUUACUAGAGUGGUCAACAAGUUUUAAUUUUAACUGUAAACAACUUCUGUGUUUAGGUUUAAUUUUGUCACAGCCAGUGUCACUCUUUACACAAACUAGAUCUGAUGGGUUUUUUUAUGCCCCUUAGAUGAAACUCAUCAGUGACCAGGCACUUUUUAUUUACGGUUGGUAAAAGGCAUUUCAAUUUUGAACAAAUAUUCAUUUGCAGUUUCCUCUAUUUACAUAAUACUGUAGAUUUAUUUAUGUUUUUGCACAGAAAAUGCACUUAUUUUUUUCUGUUAAUAGCACUUAUUGUAUUCUGUUACUAAUUUGUUGCAAUCUUCUCAUUUCUCUUACCUUUAUCUAGUUGCUUGGCAGUGUAGCUUACGAAUACAAUUGGGUAACUUACAAGGCACAAGCAAAUUUACAUGGCUGUUAUUUAACACAUGAAAAGUACAUUCCAAAAUAUAGGUUCCAAAUAUAGAAUUGGUACUAAGCUCUUAGCCGUCCUGAGCUUAAGCCUGGUAUGAUACGGUCUCAGUCAGUGCACCUUAUCUGUAUUGAGUUUUCUCCAGUUUCCAAAAUCCUAGUUGAUCCAUUCUAGUCACGGUUUCCCUAAAACAUAAAAUCAGACUAUUGUGAGGGCAUUGUCCUUUUUUUACGCUUUGUGUGUCUCUGCUGCUGUGGAGAUUGUAUUGGUGCUCUGUACCUACAAAGAGCAAAUUAGUUAUUGCACUUGUUCAGCUUUCUAUCCCUAGUAGAGAUGUCCAUAUUUAAAUCAUUUCAAUAAAUUGAUGUGCAAUUGUC